CCGUGCUAUUCCCAAAGCUGAGCAAUUGAGGAAGUUCGGCCAGGGACUCGUUCUGUGAGUGUCAGUUGUUACAGACUGUUUAAAGCUGCUAUGGGGACAAAUCUGGUCCGGGACUCGUCGCACCCCGUCAGAUAAGGCAGAUAAGGCUGUCACGAUGUUUUUAAUUGUGGUGUGCAUCCAGCUCGUCGUCCAAGUCCUGUCUGAGGCGCCACCAGCACCACCUCAGAACGUCCAUGUUGACGGGUGGCUGAUGACGUGGACUCCAGCUGCCGAGGACAGAGACGUCACCUACACCGUCCAGUACAGGAUUGCAAGCAUAAAAUGGACAGAUGUGCCGACCUGCCUCAGAAUAUCUGCCAAUCGGUGUGACGUCCAUGUAAUCAAAGAUAAGUCCAUGUUUGGCUGCGUGAUGCUGCGAGUUCGGGCGGAGAGGCGAGGGCUGAACUCUGUCCGGGUCGAGGCCUGCAGCACUCACGGUGACUCGUGUAUUCCUCAAGUCAGUCUGACUGCACGGCCGGGCUACCUGACCGUACACCUGAGCAGGAACCACCCGCUGGCUAGGGAAUACGGAGACCACGCGAGACACCGGGUUCACUACGGCAGGGAGGGAGAGCCGCUGGAGCAGAACUUUAAAGACGGCGUCUCUUCGCUGUCCAUCGAGGGGCUGCAGGAGGGACAGCGUUACUGUGUGAAGGUGCAGUUUCUUAACUUCAGCAACCCCACCGGGCUGCCCAGGUGCCCCCAGUGUGAGCUCAUCCCCAACUCCACAGGUCACUCAGGACAAGCUGAGAUCAUCGUCCCUGUGGUGCUCGUCCUCGUUCUGGUUGUCCUGACUCCUGCGAUCGCCUACGUCCUCCUCUUCCACUGUGGGAGGUUCAAACGGUGGCUGCGAAGGACGAGAUGCGAGAUCCCAGACCACUUCCUGGUCGUGACUAGGAACCAUGAAGUCCCCAGCUGCCAGCCUGAGGAGCACACUGAGGUCAUCUCCUCCGUCACCUUGGCGUAGUUCAGGGGAACUGCACCUCCUCUUCGUGGAUGAGCCCUGAGGACUGAACUCUGCGCCCUGCGGCCCCCCCAAACACAGACUCUCGGCUCAGAUGGAUUCAGGCUCCGGAAAACGAGUCCAAGUGUAAAAACUCGAGUGCUGGGAAGAGAAGCUUUCACUCAGGGAGAGAAAAUGGAGACAUGGAAAGACCUCUCGAGUUAAUGCUGGAUUCACGUGGAUGCAGGCAGACGGACAGCAGACGGGCUCCCGUUCCCAUCGACGAGAGCAGGACGCCAACGCGAGCUGCGGCGGGCAGAGAACGCCAGCAGACCGCAGGAGGGCGGAAGUUAAACUAUUUUACGUUGCAAAACAUGUGGAAAACAAGCUCAUAGUUUAGUGUUUUCAGUCCAACGUGAAGUGAGCGUUUGGGCGGAUUUUCACGUGGGUCUGAUUUUAAGUUUGCAGCAGAAUUUCAAGAGAAAUCACAAAUUGAUUUUAUCUCGUACUCUUUAGCCUCCAUCACCAUAGCGACACAACGCCGUCCGUCUGCCUGAAUCCCCGUGAAAGCGGCGUCGUUUUCCCCACGCCUGAGCUGCCGAGACGUUUUCACGCGCUGUCUGAAGCGCACCGUGUCCCGCGGCCUGACGGAGGGACGGUGAGCUGGAUAGUCCGUCUCGUGCUGGUUCCUUUGGAUGCUACACUUUUUCAUUUUUUUUAAAUGUGCUGUUUUCUUUAAAUCACAACAUUUGAGCUUCUGUAAGCAUUAAUGAACGCGUUCAGCGGCUUUUGACGCGGCCCGAGGUCGAGGCGCCGUCCAACAGGAGACUCCAGUCGCUGAGUCCUGCAGAUUUUUUUGAAUGGGACAAAAGUUUAAUCUGAAACUCUUAUGAAUCAAGGAAAACACGACAUGAAGCUUUCACCUGUGUGUGGACUACACGCCAAAGGUUUGGUGUGUUACUGUUUUGUACUUUCUAUGUGCUGAUGUCUUGUAAUCACGUGGGUCUGAACUGAUUAACAAUAAAUAACGAAUGUGAAGACA